AUGGGCUGCCGGCGGCGGCCGUGGAUCUGCAACGACGACCAAGGAGGCUUCCCGAGGAUCCGGCGGCGCUGCUGCCGCAACCGCUGCGUCGACGUCUCCUCCGACGUGAACAACUGCGGGUUGUGCGGUAUUCGGUGCCCGUUCACCCGGCAGUGCUGCCGGGGGCUGUGCGUCAACACUAACCGGAACCCGUUCCACUGCGGGCGGUGUGACAAUCGAUGCCCGUUUCCGAGCUUGUGCUUCUUCGGGAUGUGCGGUUACGCUCAGCCUCUGCCGCCGUUCCCCUUCCCGUUUCCUCCCCGCCCCCGCCCCCGCCCGCCAAAACCCUUCCCGCCGCCGCGCCCGCCGCGGCCGUGGCCUUUUCCUCCGAGACAGCUGCCGCCGCGGCCUUGCCCGCCCAAGGGUGGGAGGAGGGAUCCUCCUCCUCCGGCGGCGGCGCGUGUGCAUGGGGAUUGA